ACCGGAACCGGAAGUGGUUGCUCGGCCGCGGUGGCGGCUUGGGGCGCGCUCCUAGGGAUGGGCUCCAAGGCCAAGAAGCGCGUGGUGCUGCCCACCCGCCCGGCGCCCCCCACGGUGGAGCAGAUCCUGGAGGACGUGCGCGGGGCCCCCUCCGAGGACCCCGUCUUCAGCGCCCUGGCCCGGGAAGAUUCCCCAGGCCCCUCCGGGAGGGCCGAGGACACAGAGGCCCAGCGGGAGCAGCUCUACCAGCAGAGCCGGGUCUACGUGGCCACGAACCAGAGGCUGCGCCGGGCGGGCACCCGGCUGAAGCAGAAGUGUGAGGAGCUGCAGCAAGCCGGCCAGAAGCUGGAGCGCGACGUUCGCCAGGUCGGGCAGGUGGCUCUGCCCGGCACUGUGGCCACCUCCUCAGGCUGACCUGGCCCCCAGGCUCGGCAGAACCUUGGGUCCUCCCCUGAACACCUGACCAGCACACCUCAGACAUGAGCCCUGGGUCCCAGAAGCAGGUUCUGCAUUUCCCUUCUCCCGUGGCCUAGGCACGUCUCCCUGACACCAGAGACCCCAGGGGACGCAGCUUGCCCAGGGUGUGUGGCUGCGGCAGGGGCAGUGGGCUUCAGCUGGUCGGGUCCCUCCCUGAGGGUGGGUCUGGGGCGCACACAUGUCCUUCACCCCGGAGCUUCUUUCCUGGGGCUCGAUACCCGUGGAGCCCGGACUGGACUUCCUGUGGGCCCAGAACCCGAGGGCCGGUCCAGCCUUCCUCCCCUCCUUCCCCCCAGGCACCCUGCUUCACUGAUCACCCGUUCAGCUGAGCUGGUGGAACCCACCCCUCUGGUUCUGGCAUAUGAACUGGCGGCCCCCAGAGAUUCCGGGAGAGGAUGGGGGAGUUCAGUCUCCUCCCCUGCCCAUGGUGGCCCUGGUUGUGAGGAGCAAUGGCCCUGCGGGGCCCAGAUCUGAGAUGGGCCCUAGGGACGGGGUAGCACCCUUCGGGGCCCCGGGCACCCCAUUUAAGGUGUGGGCACUCCCUCGGGGCAGACACUUGUCUGUCCGUCAGCUGCAGGAUUCUGUCUUAUGGGGCGCGAGGCCUGGGCUCCCAUGAGAGGAUGGGAUGGUCAGUUGCUUGCCCGGAGCCCUCACCUCACUGCCCCCACUCCUUGCACACUCCACCUGUGGGCAGGUGGGCGGUGGGGCAGGAAAGAAUCUUGAAAAGGGCAUUCACCCUAAAACAAAUCCCAUGAAGACCAGAGAAGCAGUGGAUCUGUGGGAGGUGGCCCCGGGGCCAGGCCUGUGGUGGACAACCCCACUGAGCCCCUCAGGUGAAAUCCCCAUGUCUGGUCGCCUGAAUGGUGCCUCUGUGAGCCAGUCCUUUCUCGGGUUCCUUGGAAGCUUGGGGCAGCACUGGGCCCCACCACGGCAGAGCCCUCAGAUGGGAGACGCUACACGCCCCAGGAGGUGUUGCUCUUUCCCUAAAGAAAGGGUGCCUGCUCAACCCUGAGAGACUCCCCAGAAAAGGAAACAUGACCUGGGGUGCACAGGUGUUCGCACAGGGCAGGACUGGCUCUAGUUGCAGCUGCAGGUGCCAGGCUGCCUCGUCCAGAGUCAGUUUGCUAUCAGCUGGCCCUUGGUUGGGGUGCAUCACCCCUCCCUGCCCGGCCCCAUCUCUGGGUGAGGACCCCUGUCUUUGGGACACUAUUUACUCUCUGGAGCCCCUCAGGGUCAGGUCACUCCGCUGACCUCCUCCCCAGACCCGUCCCCCCGUGCCUGGCAUGGGUGCUCUCCCUAAACCCCGGCCCGGCUCUGGGCUCUGCCCUACCAUCCUCGCGCUUCUGGGGAGCAGGGUUCUGCAGGCAGCAUUGGACCUGGGGCGGGUUUGGCCAGGCGGAAAGGCCUGUGAAUUUCCCCUCCUGACCCUUGUCCCAGCCACGCCAUCUCAGGGCAGCACCACGGGCAGUGUGGAGUGCGAUCUGACAGCUGUUUAUUAAAGGUGCGCGUGAGAUGCCUGGUUCCACA